AUGAGCUUCCACGAAACUUCUACCCACAUCGAGCUUGAGGAGGGCCACAUCCUCAGGGCUAUCCUUCGGACCGAGGACGGUGGUGAGAAGGAGUCUAUCAUCGAUCUGAAUCAUUGCAUCGGGAACGACAAUGGGCGAUUCCUCUGGGGCAGCAGUGACUUCUCCGCCAGUGCGUGCGAUAUCAGAUUCGAUAUCGAAGGAGAAGAAAGCGUCCCUGUUCUGCGGGCUGUCUUGCGCGAUGUCGAUAAUGAAGAACACAACGCCGAUGUCAACCUGGCCGAGCGCAUUGGGAAUGACAAUGGAAACUUGGUCUUCAACUAG